ACUCGCGCCAAGGAUAAUACGUACGAGCGUUUCGCGGGAUAGUGAGUCACACAGGUGCCACGAAGCAGACUGGACGAGAACGAUCGGAAUUCUAUUUCUCUUUCUCCUUCUUUCUCUUAUCCGCACGCACACAAACGCACGCGACUAUAUAGACUGUCUGUGGCGCGAUCGGAAUUGGGAAGGUCUGGAGCGAACCGAUCGACCGGUCCCCACACGCGUUUCACCCGUGCGUCCACGUCGAGGACUCUUGAACGAGUGAUUCGGGCACAGUGAGGGUACUCUCUCGGAAGAAGGGGUAUCCAUCGAGUGACAAGAAGGACAACAGGAUUAAGGAGAGAACGAAAGCAAGACUUCUAGUGGCAGAUCGCUGAAUCGUGAAAAUCUAGGCGGUCAGUGUCGAAGAGCGGCAAGAAAUCAAAUUACGAGAACUCGAGAUCUCGUUCGAUUUGAAGGAAGGUGGAGGAACGAUUUAUCGAGCAGAAGAUAGAAGCGUAGGGUAGAAGUCGAAGACGUUGUUACGUCGGAAGAGUGGUUUACACGGUCGUAAAACGGUGACACGGAGGGGGUUUUACAUGCGUCAUCGUCGUGCGGGUACAAAUCGCACGCGACCAUACUCUUCGACGACAGUACACGUGUAUAACGACGCGCUCGAUCGCUCCUGCGAAACACGGGGCUUCGAUCCUCCUUCAAGGACGCACGGUGAUAAAUGCGGUGCCGGAGAUGACGUCCUCCGUGUUCUCCAAAAUGACAAUCUGGCUGGUCCUGCUGUGCUUGAUCAUUACGUGCAAUGGCGUACCUGUGCCAGAAGAGUCUAAUGACGCUACAACGAUCAAUGCUACCACGAUCGGCCCGAUUUCUAUGGAUCCCGAAAUUCAGGGUCACUCGAUGGACGAUAUCUUGCCAGGAACGAAGGCGCCACCGAGUCCCGUGCUAUUCGUGAACGUUCCGGAGCACACGGAAACGGAACUCGGCUCGUCCGUUCUUCUAGCAUGCAGAACCGCUAAUCCUGUGGCCGAGUGCCAGUGGUCCUGGCAACCUUUACCACCGGUUCACCUGCCACUUCCGGAUAUCAGCGAAACACCAGCGACCACCACCACGGUCUCGGUGAUUCAGACGACAACCACGCCGACUACCAAUCCGCUGCCGGUACGACAAUUUCCUGCCUUCGGGAACAAUAGCAACGACUGUUCCGUAAGAUUCUCAAGUACGAAGCACGAGCAGACCGGAUACUGGAGCUGCGCCGCGAGAACUUCCACGAAUGAUCCUUUCACCAGCACGGAACCUGCUAAGCUGAGCAUCGUUAAUGAGCACCAGAAUCCUCUGAUCGUGUUUGCGAAGCUCGAUAACGUCGUGGAAGUACCAGCAGGAUCCUCGGCGCAAAUAAUGUGCCAGAUGAAAGCAUCUGUCCGUGAAUGUCAAUGGUCCUGGAGGCAGUUAAACCAAUCGCAGCCGUGGAACCUCGAGGUGAAGCGAUUUCCAGCUUUCGGCAACGACAGCACCGAUUGUAGUAUUAAAUUCAAGAACGUGCUACCUGAGCAAGAAGGAUACUGGACGUGUGGCGGCAGAAUCGAUCCGAAUUCUUCGUUCACGCAGUCGAAUCCCAUUCGAUUUCUCAUUUCCGAAGUUGAAUUCGUACAAUUAUCCAGAGGAAUUCAAGUAGCCCCUGGUGAAUCGGUGCUCCUCAGAUGUCUGGUGAACAAGCCAGUGGUACAAUGUGAAUGGUCCUGGAGGGCAUCCAACUCGAGUCAGGCACCUUUGUUAGUUAAGAAAUUCAAUCCCAACAAAGACGCGGAUCAUGAUUGUUCGGUGAGAUUCAAGAACGUCCUGUACGAGGAGGAAGGAUUGUGGACGUGUGGCGUUCGACUGUCACCGCAUGGAAUUCUUCACGAAGCGCCACCUGCGACUGUUAGCCUCCUACCUACGGCCAAAGUCAACUUCGUUGAAAUGCCGUCGGACACUUCCGUGCCGAUUGGUACGGAGGCCACGUUGAAAUGCGUAACGAGCAGCCGCGUGGAAAAGUGUACGUGGACCUGGAAAUCACUUCACGGAAACGAGCCAGAAAUCGUCGCUCAGGAAUACCCAAGCAAUGGCGACCUUGGUAGAGACUGUUCGCUCACGUUGCCACGAGUAUACGCCGAAAAACAGGGUCAGUGGGCUUGUCAGGUGUCGAUCAGUUCCCUCAACACGAUGCUGACCUCGCCAUUCGUCAAGCUCACCGUAUACGAGCAAGACGAAGUGAAGUUCUCGGAGCUGUCUCAAGACAUCCAAAUAUCAGCUGGAGGGAGCGUCUUCCUGCAUUGUGUGACUUCGUCGGCCGUGGAACAGUGUCGAUGGUCCCUGACCCCGGUAAACUCGAAUACCACGGUAGUGGUAAAGCAAUUUCCGGCGGCCGGAAGCGAGGCCAGGGACUGCAGCGUCAGGCUGACGCACGCACUCGCGGAACAGGAAGGAUUGUGGACCUGUGGCGCCAGGGUACGUGGCAAACAGAACUACACGGAUGCACCUCCGGCCAAGCUGAGUCUUCUGGAACCAGAACCAGUGACUGUGGCAUUGUGGGCUGUGCCCCAUCAAAUGACCACUCUUUCGUGCAAAGUAGAAACUGUGCUAUCGAAAGUCCAAUGCCACUGGAUCCACGCGCCGAAAACUCAUAUUUUUCAGAAUAUCAGUGAAACGAAAAGACACAAUAUACAGAUGGAUUAUCAUACAGGCGUAUGUACCUUGGAAUUCAAACCCGAUCAUUCAGAUUUAGGGAAUUGGAUGUGCAAAUUUACUGUUCCAGACACUGACGAAGAGAUAGGAAGCGCAACAGUUGUUCUAUUAAAUAGUCUUGGCGAUGAAAAGUUGGGAUGGAUCGUAGGUGCUCUGACGACCCUGAUUUUAUUCCUAAUGAUUAUUAUAGUUGUUUUAGUAGUUUGUAAAACGCGUUUAUUUAUAAGGAACUCGUCAAAGGUUUUAGAAACCGUUGCUGUGUCGGGGAAGAAACGGGUUUCGCAGGUUAACAACGAACGGUAUAUCGAAAAUCCAUCAAAAUUAGAUAUACAAAUUUCUGAGCCAAAUCAAAAUGUAACAAAUAUCGAUAGCGUUCUUCCAAAUAGAAGCCCACAUUUAUACGAGCAUGUUGGAAAAUAUAGGAAGUAAUCGAAAGAAUACGAAAAUCUCCGAAAAUGAGUAAAAUUUGUUCUUUUCAAAUCUAAGUAUAUCGUAAAAUCAAAA